CUUACGGUCACCCUGCCAUUUGUAUAUUGCUCACGAGAAAGAAAUCCCCGAGCAGCUGAGAAAUCGAAAUUGUCAUCAGCAUUCCUCAAGUUUUCUAUAUCUGUUUCCAAAAUGGGAGUUCCAAAGUUUUAUCGCUGGAUCAGCGAAAGGUAUCCAUGUUUGAGUGAAGUAGUAAAAGAAAACCAGAUUCCAGAAUUUGAUAAUUUGUACCUGGACAUGAAUGGAAUCAUCCACCCUUGCUCCCAUCCUAAUGAUGAAGAUGUCCAUUUUCGCAUCACUGAAGAGCAGAUCUUUGAAGCAAUAUUCCAUUAUAUUGAGGUACUGUUUCGCAUCAUCAAGCCUCGCAAGGUCUUCUUCAUGGCAGUGGACGGCGUGGCUCCGCGCGCCAAGAUGAACCAGCAACGAGGGCGCCGUUUCCGCUCGGCCCGAGAGGCGGAAGAGAGGGAGAAAGAAGCCAUGUCCAAGGGGGAGGUUCUGCCAUCGGAGAAACGCUUUGACUCCAACUGCAUCACCCCUGGCACGCCCUUCAUGGUGCGUCUUCAUGAACAGCUGAAAUACUUUGUGCGUCAGAAGCUGACCAAAGAUCCUACGUGGCAGGGACUGACAGUCUACCUCUCAGGACAUGAGACACCAGGAGAAGGAGAGCAUAAGAUCAUGGACUUCAUCCGUUCAGAGAGAGCUCGUAAGGACUAUGAUCCCAACACCAGGCACUGCCUGUAUGGCCUGGAUGCAGACCUGAUCAUGCUAGGCCUGAUUUCCCAUGAUCCUCACUUCUCCCUCCUGCGUGAGGAGGUCCGAUUCGGCAAGAUAGCCAACCAGAAACGACCCACGACCCCUGAAGAGACCACCUUUCACCUCUUGCACCUGUCACUCAUGCGGGAAUACCUGGAGAUUGAGUUCAGUGCACUCAAGCGUCACAUUGACUGGUUUGACAUGGAGCGUAUCAUUGAUGACUGGGUGCUUAUGGGAUACCUCGUUGGUAACGACUUCAUCCCCCAUCUGCCAAAUAUGCAUAUAUCCCACAACGCACUGCCCAUGUUGUACAAGGCCUACAUUGAGAUCCUGCCUUCGCUUGGUGGAUAUCUGAAUGAGCAUGGUACGCUGAAUCUGCCUCGCUUUGAGAAAUACCUGAUCCACUUGUCUAAGUUUGACAAGGAGAAAUUUGAGGAGACGUUUUCAGACCUGUCCUUCUUUUCUGGGAAGACGGACAUAAGAGCAUGGAAGAGCAACCGAGCUCAAGCCAAAAAAGAACAAGAGAAAGAAAGACGUGCUGCCAAGGCCAACUCCAACAAGUUCUCGGUGCUGGACAGCUUGGAUGAUGUGAUGGGACUCAAGCCUGGGGCUGGGUCAAAGGUCACCGGUCUGUCUUCUGAUUCCAGUCAAGGAGAUUCUUUGGAUGAGGAAGAUGGCGAUACAUUUGAGGAAGAGUUCAUAGCCCACAAGAGGGCCUACUACGAUGACAAGUUUGAAAUGGAAAACAUCACUGAUGAACAACUUUCUGUGAUUGUGUACAACUACAUCUUGGCAAUCCAGUGGAUCCUGGAUUAUUACUACAACGGUAUUCAGUCAUGGGGCUGGUACUACCCCUACCACUACGCUCCUUAUAUGUCUGACUUACGAGGAUUCAGCAACUUCAAGCUCAAGUAUGAGAAGGGUCAACCGUUCCUGCCUUUCCAGCAACUGUUGGGUGUACUGCCUGCUGCUAGUAAGGAACUACUUCCUGAACCUUACCAGAAACUGAUGACCAUGGACAGCUCCCCCAUUAUUGACUACUACCCAUUGGACUUUGCCAGUGACCUCAAUGGCAAGCUACAGCAGUGGGAGGCAGUUGUGCUCAUUCCAUUCAUCGAUGAGAAACGUCUGCUAGCUGCAAUGGAUGAUGUCAGUAAGUACCUGACAGAGGAGGAACGUAGUCGCAAUCGGCACGGACCUCACCUGAUGCACAUGUAUGAGGAGACAAUGAACUACAAAUACCCAUCCUCACUGCCUGGCCACUUCCCUGACAUCAAUGCAUGUAGGGUCAGGUGCCAGGAAUUAGACAAGGGUAUAUUUCAUCUGGAUCCCAGGCAGCUGAGACAAGGUCUAUGUGCAGGCACUAAGACCGGUGUCUACUUCCCUGGCUUCCCCACGCUGCAUCAUCUCAAAUUCACUACCCAGCUCAGAAAGGACGAUAUAAAAAUCUUCCAGCAAAACAGCCGAGGAGAGAGCAUCAUUCUCAGCAUUCAGACUGACAAUGCUGAUGUGGAGGCCGGGGAUGUGGCCAAUGAAGUAUUUGGUAAGAACUGCUUUGCUGAAUGGCCACAUCUGAAGGAAGUCAAAGUUGUUGCCGUAGCAGAUGACACAACCAGGUAUGAGCUGGUUGAGAGCAAGCAGAAGAGCCCUGAAGAGGCGGAGAAGCCAAGCGUCAAGAAACGUGACAUGUCUGAUUUUGAUGCUGCUGUCUGGGUCAAAGAUAUCAAGGCAAUUCAGGAAAGGUACCACAAGAGGAAAGGAGUGAUGAUCGGGCCGUCCUAUGUCUUGAUCUAUGCUUGUCCCUUAAUGGGAAGACGGUAUGUGAGUGGACAUAGUGGAGUGGUGACGUUAGAGAAGCAAUGGUCAAGUACUCCAGUCACCUACGCAUACCAGAUGAUGGUCAAGGAUAUAGCUGUACAUGACUCCACCUUCAAACAAUUCAAGACACUGGAGGAGGUCUUUCCGAAGGACUCGCAUUGCUUCAUGCUGGGGGCACCUAACUAUGGCUGUCAGGGUAGCGUUGUGGACAUAGAGGCAGGCAGGAUUCGUGUCUUGCUGUCAUGUCCCGUGGAGCCCAACCUCAACCAACUCAGGAAUUCUCAGAGUCACUAUGAAGUCCAGUACCUGCCUUCUUACAUCCUUGCCCAACGUCUUAGCCUGCCAUCACUCAUCAUCUCACGGUUAACUGGCAGCAUCUUUGUCGGCAGAGGAUCCAAACAUAGUUCCUCUGUGGCUCCGUCCAAUAACUUCAACAUCGGCCUGAAUCUGAAAUUCAACAAGUCCAACCAAGAGAUCCAAGGCUACUCCAAGAAGGAUGAGACGGGCACCUGGCUGUACUCCAUCAAGGUCCUGGAGGUCAUCAAAGACUACAUGGAAAAAUUUCCUGAAGUAUUCCGUCACAUUGGCCAGAAUCCACGUACCGACACUUACUUUGAAGAUAACUUGUUUGAAGGCAAAGCCGGCCGGAUGAAACAGCUGCAAGACUUCAUCAAGGCUUUGCCGUGCGCCAAGGUCUCCAAGGUAGAUGUGGGCUUGAAGAACCUGGACGAACCAAUCAUCAAGCUGAUAGAGGCAGAGGUUCAGAAGGUUGCAGGACUGAAAGUCAAAAAGCAGAAGUUGUCUGUAAGACCACACCUUCUCUACAAGCCUCUCCAUUAUCUUGGCAACUUGAUUCCAGACCCACAGGUGGAACAUGAGUUGUUUGAUCGAGUCGUUAAUGUCCGGGAGGGCUACACUGUGCCUCUAGGCCUGCAUGGGGUAAUCAUUGGAAUACAGCCAGGUGAAACCAUACUUGACUUCAUGUAUGAAGUUGUCUUUGACGAGGAGUUCCCUGGUGGCCUGGUAAUUCGCUGUACUGGUACCCGGGGCUACCGUUUACCAACCACAGCCAUCAUCAAUAUAUCGUACGGUUUGCGCAAAGAACAGGGCCAGCAGCAGAGCAAUAAGCCCAUGGCUGUUGUCAAACCACAGGCUUUCCAACAACCCAACGCCCAAACACAGAGCCGUGGCUGGUACUCGGACACAAUCGGUAGGCUGGGUGCUUCACAGCAGCAAUCAAGCCAGCGGCAGCAGCAGCAGCAGCAGCAGCAGCAGCAGCAGCAGCAGCAGCUGCAGCAGCAGCAGCAGCGUCAGCCGCAAGCACAGGUCCCAUCCAAGUCAACCUCAGCAAUCAACUACAAGGCUGCAUUAUCACAAAAAAACAACAGCAAGCAACAGAAGGAGCAAGGUUCCGUUGGCCAGCCUGCGCCAGCCAUGAAGAUCUUAACGAGGUCUGGCCCUAAGAUGAUCGCUCGCUCCCCCAUCAAGGAACCUAGCACCGGGAAAGGCACAUCACCCCAAAACACACCACCUAGACGGCAGAGCAAGGAAGAAAUAGAAAGCAAGAGGAAUGCAUCAAAGGAGCGUAGAAAAGAUUCAGGCUCCAAACCCGAGUUGGUGUCGUCAACAAGAGUUGUUUCUGACAAACCUCUUAAGGAGUCACAAAGCCGGGAUGAAAUCAAAGCAACCAAGUCCCCGCUCAUCAAGACAACGAAGCGAACCCCUGAAAACGAGGCGGACGAGUUUGCAAUCAUGUGGCGGAACCUCCAGAAAAACUCCAACAGUGGCACUUCAUCACCUGUCACUGAUAAGGAAAGCAGCCGGAGCGAUGAGCUGACCUCCCCCUUGGCCUCUGGGGGCCAAACACCCCUGUCUGAGGAGGAAGUGGUACAGCCCUCCAUCCAGAUGCAGCUGGCACUGUCUGCAUUGCCCAAGGUGGAAGCUCCUGUGUCAAAGGUCAUGGAGGACAACACCAAUCUCGAGGAAGGGGACGAGAAGGAAUGCGAGGGGGAAGAGUUUGAAGUGGAUACAGAGGCCCGGAUGACACCAAGAACAUAUGUGAAGUCUGGAACUGAGGAGUUGUGUCGAAUGCUUAACAUCACAUCCAUGUCAGAUGACAAUGAUCCACCCAAGGAUGUCGCUGUACCUCAUUCUAUCGUCAUAGAACCAUCAACGGGCAAGAAGCAAUAUGGUGUACGACUCACUGUCGACCAGUUAUUCGCAGGUGCCAGUGUUAAAAGCUCCUCACCCAGUAUAUCACCUGUACCAGUUACCCCUACGAAUCCUGCCUCUGCAACCAUGGUGCCACAUGGAGUGAGACAACCCACAGCAUAUCAGCCCCACCCCCUGGCUCAGCAGCCUGGGCCUGUGUCUGGUCCCCACCCUGGGGUUGUUAAAGCUCCCGUGCCUCUGCAUCCAAAUGGCACCUCAGACCAGCCAAGGUAUCAACGUCAAGGACUCCCACCCGGAUCCAGUGACCCUUUACCCAUCCCCAGGUCAGGGCCCCUACCCCAACCUCCAGGGCAAGUGGGUAUCCCUGCAUCUGCUGGUGUCAUGAUGUUGCCGCAGGGUCAGCUACAUCGGAUGAGUCCCGGCUCAGUACCUCAAGGCGCUGCGUCACCAGGACGGUUCCCAGCUGGGAUGUAUCCAGCCCAGCCUGUAGGCUCACCCGGCCAACAUAUGCCACUCCAUGUGCUUCAAGGUCCUCCUCUAGUUGCUGUUGGUCCUGGGCACCAAGGCAUGCCGCACCCCUCAAGUUUCAUAGUCCAGCCUGUACAAAAACCAGUUCAGCAGCAGCAGCAGCAGCAGCAGCAGCUGCUGCAAGCCACAGCACCGCAGCAGCAGUUAGGAGUUCAGCAGCUAGUGCAGCAGCCAAUCGGAAUUCACGGUCCUGGCAACCAAUCCCCGGCCAGCAUGGUGAAACCGGUACCCACUCAAAUGGAUCCCCAGCCCGCAGUACAUCUCCAACAGAAACCAGCGAGCGUUGCUCCUAACGUGAAUGCAUCCAACACCAACCAGUAUCCAGCAUCAGCAGCGCAGCAGCAGGGCGUGGUUGUUGCCCAAGUAAAUGCCCCUGGUUUUAAUGUUGUUAAACCGGGGCCGUUUCAAGCACCCUUUGACUUAAGAUCUCAACAGCAGCAGCAACAACAUCAUGUUGGUGUGCCGUUUGCCUCACCUGGAAGACCACAUAGUGGGCCUCAUGCCAUGAGCUCCCCCUCGCAGCCCCCGAACCUCAGACCUAGACCAGCAUUCCCAGGACCCCAGCAAGGUCAUCCUCUCCCCCAGGGCUACCCUAUGAGACCCCAGACCCCAUCCCAUGCUCUCCUCAUGUGGUGUCAACAGAGGGGCCUCCCGUCACCAAAGUAUCAAUUCCAAAAGAACAACACCACGGGUCAGUUGCGAGGUGUGGUCCAGUUAGCCGAUGGCAAGCAGUUCUAUGGACAAGACUGUCCAACAGACGCAAUGGCAGUAGAUGCUGCAGCUCAUGUUGCUAUGACGAACUUGACAUCACAAUCACCUAGAGGUCCCGCAAUGCAACAGAUGAGGCCUACCACCCGACCUUCAUUUGGUCCAAUGGGGCCAGUGCAUGGGCCUAUGAUUCACACCAGUGGACCAAACCCCUUUGUGCCUUUGCAGGUUACUAAGCAGCUCAACUCUCCACAGAGGUCAACAUCUACCGAGACAGAUGCAGAAUCACCAGGGAGAACACUCCCCGAACAACAAAUGGAAUAUCCCACCCAUGUUCCAUCCUCACAGAUUGCUCCCCCCUUUGCCAGAGUGGACUUUGCCCAAGCAAGAGACCAAUCAGGAAACAUGGACGAGUCCAAAUUGAGUUCCAGGAGGGAGCUUUACUUUGGGAAAACCAUUGUUGAAAUUGGCUCCCCCAUUAUAGAAGUGGCAGAAUCUGUUGGACCUCGAAAGUCAAGCAUUGAUGAAAUAUCUGGAGCAGUCCAUUCUGAGAUGAGGGAUUCUACCGCUGCAGCUGCCAAACGGCGCCGAUCUUCCUCCAAGGCCAAACUUGCAAUCAACUUUGGCGGGAAACCAGGACAGGACUAAGGUCACAUCGGUUCAAAGGUCCUUUUGAGGUUCGUUAAAAAAAAAAAUAGUUGAGUUUAAAGAUUUUUUUAUCUCUUUUAAAUUUCUCCCUAAAACCCCCAAAAUAUAUUCUUCAAUAAAAUGUUGAUUUGUUUUGCCAUUAUUGACCCACAAUUAAUCUAUCAUCCCACAUAUUUCCAGGUGUAUAUACCCCCAUUUUUUUUAAAAUUGAAAGUAUUAGAUUACUGUGUAUUAAAUGUGUGCAAAUAAUGGGAAAAUCUAUUUUUCACCAAGUUGCAAUCUAAGCCUUAAGGCCAUAUAUGUACAGAUAUAAAAACCUUUUUUGGUGCUGUUUUGGAGGUAACAUUUUUACUAUGAUUUUAAUCUUUUUUUUUUUUUUUUUAAUUUAGCAGCUGUAAUUUUCAGAAAUGGUUAGAUUUAGGGGUUAGUAUUUUAUAGCAAAUAUUGUUACACUGACCUGUUUAAAAAAGUUUGUUCAAAAAAAUGUUGUUCUUGAAGUCUGGUUCCCUGCCCCUACAAAUGAAACGGAGCAAUUCAUAAGCGUCAGGGGACCAGACUAGCUGGCGUGUACCCACCCAUCCAUGGAUGUGUAACAGAUUGCAAACUAAAUGUGGACUAACUUAAUUUGGUGAAUUGGGUCAGUCAGUCAUAAUAAUUUGGAAGUUUUGUUUUUGAUGUUUGCAAAUGUUGUAUAUUUGCCUUUAAGUCGGCAUUGAUGAAAAUACAUGAUAUGGAACAAAACCCAUUUUCUUUUAAUGGCUGCAUUUUUGGUUUACAACACUUGUCAUUCUUUAUAGGCCUAAUGUUCUCUUGUCACACAUUGAGCCCUCUGUGAUACAUCCCGUUGCUUUAUAAGAAUUGUUUUAUUAUUAUAAUGUGUACAUUCUGAAUGCCGGUCGGCUGUGAUCCAGUGAUAUCUUGUAUGCAGCUGUUUUUGGUGCGACAUAAAAUAGUUUUAUUAUAAUAAGGUA